AUGAGCGGCGGGCUGUGCGCCACCUGCCACGCCACCUGCGCCACGUGCUACGGGCCGGAGCCGGGGCACUGCCUCACCUGCGGCCCGGCCACUCCGCUGCUGGUCGGCGGCACCUGCUUCGAGGCCUGCCCGCCGGGGACCUUCCAGCAGGAUACCGCGUGCCUCCCCUGCCACGCAGGCUGCCCCACCUGCAGCGGCCCCGAGUCCUCCGAGUGCACGUCGUGCGCCGGCGACCGGGUCCUCCACCAGGGGACCUGCCUGCUGGGCUGCCCGGGCGGCUGGUUCGCCGAGGACGGCGUCUGCGCCGCCUGCCACCCGCUGUGCCUGCUGUGCGACCGGGCCGAUGGCUGCACGGCCUGCCCGGCCGGGGGGCUUCUCGGCCCGGACUCCCUGUGCGUCGAGGUCUGCCCCCGGGGGACGCGCGCCUGCCCGGUGACCGGCCGGUGCGAGGGCUGCCCCGAGGGGUGCACCGCAUGCGAGUCCUCGGGCGAUGCGGCCUGCACGGCCGUCUGCACGGCCUGCGCCGGCGGGUGGCUCCUGUCCGGCGGCCAGUGCGUCAGCGCCUGCCCGGCCGGCGAGUAUGCCGUCCCCGGGGGGCACAGCUGCGCCGCCUGCAGCCACCCCUGCCGGACCUGCCUCGGGGCCGCGGACGCGGCUGCCACACUCGCGCGCUCUCCCGGCCCAUGGUCGCGCGUGCUUCUCCUGGUCCUGCUGGGCCUCCUGGCCCGGCACAUCGCCUCGGCCAACGAGGCUGAGGACCCCAAGGUCUUCCUCCAUCAGGCGCCCAACUCGGCCAAGGCCCCGGAGACGCCGAUCGGCUAUUUCACCAGGCCCGGGUCUGUGUCCUCGGCGGUGGUCCGGCACUCCACCAAUACCAUGCACAUUCACCGGCAAACCAAUGCCCUGGCCAGGGUCCCGGAGGCACGGUGGGGGCAUUUCUUCUCCCGACAGCCGGGCGAUGUGGUCACUUGUCCGCGAGCGCCCCUGGCCUCGGCCCAGCCGCUGCUCUUCCUGCCGGUGCCGCAGCACAACCUGCCCGUCAUCAUCGAGCGCAAUUCCCAGUCCAUUGCCCUGUUCCAUUCGAGCACAAUUCACCCCCUGCCGAACCCGGACACCGAGAUUGUGGCGGUCAUCGCGCCGACGCCGGAGCAGGCCGACUUCCUGGUGCUGCUGAAGCCGCCCUCGGGCACGCGGGAUCUUGCCGUGAUGAACAUCGAGCGGGACCUGCCCUUGCGCCAAAAUGCCCUGACCGGUCUCUCGCCGGCCCCGGAUCCGGUGCUGGGCGUCCCCGGGCCCGGCCGAUCGGUCUACUCGCAUUACCUGCAGCGAAUUCGUAACACCAACAUCUACCCGGCUUCCCAGUCCCCGAGCACGCGCAUGUGGGACACCUUCACGUCGGUGGUCCACCUGCUGGCCACGCGACUGACCUCCCCCCAGGCCACCUGUCCCGGGGGGGAUGUCAUCUUGCUCAUGGUCAAUGGCCAAUUUGCCCUGUACAACUGCUUCAACAUCGCCUCCUCCUCGCCCAACAUAUCGCCCUCCUACAGCGGCUCCAUCCCGGAAUCGGCCAUGGCCGGCGGGCGCUUCAUCAACCCGGAUCUCGCCAGUAUCGCCGACCCCAUGCCCUUCCUGUACUAUGUCGGCUCGGUGGCCAGCACCCACGGCGCUGACACGGGCCUCUGGCGGGCCGACAUGCGCGACAUCCCCAACAUCACCUGGCACCGGGUGGUGCUCCCUCCUGUCGUUUCCCAGUCCAGCCUGGAGAGGGCCCGGCUCCUGAACAUGAGCAUCGCCACCGGCGGCCAGUGGUUUCUCCUGAUAGAUGGCGUGGUCUUCUUCGACUCCGAGGCCUUCGGCUGUGCCACCGACACCAGUAUUGUCUGUGACGUCGACGGCGCCAGCACGGGCACCACCCGCGGCUGGGCCUGCAAGCCCGGCCGUCUGGAGGCUCCCUUUGCCACGCAUGGCCGUCUGUGUGACGGCUGCUCCGACGGGUCGUACAUGGACUGGGCUGAUGGCUCCCGGGCUUGCCGACCCUGUCCCGGCUUCUGUCGCACAUGUGCCGAGCCGUCGCGCUGCCUGCUUUGCAAAUCCGGCACCUUCAUGGACCCGCAGGGGGCCUGCACCUCGAUCUGCCCCCUCGACAUGGUCCCCAAGGAUGGUGUCUGCCAGUUGCUGGGUCUGGCCCAGGUGUCCCUGGCCGAAGCUGUCCCCGAGGAGAUGUGGCCCCUGUCGGGGGACUCUGGCCCACUGCAGGCUCUGGCCGAGACGCACCUAGCCUCGGCCCCGGAUGGCGGGCCUGGGCUUGUCCUGCCGGCCGCGGUGUUGGCCGAUCCCCAGGCCGCCCGCGGCGGGAUCCUGCUCUUCUUCGCGCACGGGGCCACACGACUGGCCGCCACCGGUAGCAUUGGCCAGUCCCCGAAGCCGGCCCCGGUGGAGGUUCCCCCGCUGUCCGGCCUCGACCUGGACAGCGUGGCUUCCCUGGUGGAGUUGGGCCCCUUCUCGGAUUUGGCUGCCGACACGGUCUUGGGCUAUGUGUUCUGCACGACGACCGGCAUCGGCCGUGUGGGCUUCCUCUCGUGCGUGGAGGACCCUCGCUUCCCGGACAUGGUAUGCUCCGGGGACCCCCUCUCCACGUCGGCAUUCACGAUGGAUGCCUGUCGUGAGGUCCGGCGCCUGGACAGCCGCCGGGCCCUGGCUCUCGGGCCCGAUCAGCAGGCCCAUGUGGUGUCCUUUAGCGAGUCGGGCGGCUUGACGGUGGACUCUUUGAGCCCGGUGGCCGGUGCCGUCCGGCUGCCGGACCAUCCGGCCCGGUGGGCCCCCUCGCCCGGCCUGCCAGCCGACUGGUACCUGUCGCUGGAUGGGCAAGGCCGGCCGGCCUUGUCCAUGGUGGAUCUCCUGUCCCGGGACAGCCGGCUGGAGGCCCUGGCCGGGAAGUUGCUCCUGGCCCCCGGGGCCUGGAGUGAUGUGGCCAUGCUUCGGACGGCCGGGCCCGGGCGUCGGGACUACGAGCCCAUCCUCACGCGCGUCCAGUCCGGCAAAUGGCAAGUGGCCGCCCUGUAUGGGGAUGGCCUGGUCUCCGGGCGGACCAUCAACCUGCCGCACCCGGCCCAAACGCUUGCCCUGGCCUCGGAGCUGGACCUGCUCGAUGCCCUGCGCGUGUUGCCAUUGGAGCCGGCCGGGCUGACCGGGCGCCCGGGGGCCCUGCUCCUCCUGGCCCGGGGUGUCGUGGGGUUGGCGUUGCUCCGCUGCCCGGACCACCCGACGGCCGGGCCCGGGGCCUGUUACUUCCAAACAUCGGCCAUCGCCCGGCUGCCGGCGCCCCCCUCCGUCCCCGAGGGCAUUACCCUCCAGGGCCCGGUCUUCCUGCGUCCCGGGCCUGGCAUGGGGGCCGCCGCGGCCGCCACCGCCGCCGACCCGGAGGGGCAUGUGCUGACGCUGCUGGCCUUCUCCCCGGAGGCCGGCCUCAUGCGCCUGGUCUUCACGGCGACCUGCUCCAUGGAGGGGACCUACGGCCUGGACUGCGAGCCGUGCGACGGCGCGUGCCGCACAUGCACCGGCCCCGGGCCCGAGGACUGCACCUCCUGCCUGUUGGCCCUGCCCUCGGCGCCGGAUGCCUGCCUGGCCGCCUGCCCGGGCGGCCUGUUCCCCUCGCCCGACGGCCGUCCCCUGUGCCUUUGCAGGGCCGCGCUGCCCGAGGCCCCGGACAUCUGCCUGCCUGCCUGCCCGGAUGGCCGGAUCGCCACCGACGAGGGCCUGUGCGGCUGUAAUUCCAACUGCCAGAUGUGUGACACGUCGCGCGGCCGGCCGGCCGUGUGCGUGUUCUGCUAUCCGGGCACGGCCAUGGCCGCGGGCGGGAUGUCCCCGGCGUCGUGCUUCGCCUGCCACACCAGCUGCGACGAGUGCACGCUCCCCGACGAUGCCGGCGCCUGCACCAGCUGCCCGCCCGGGGCGUGGCUCCUGGACGGGACGUGCGUGGCCGCCUGCCCGGCCGGCACCUGGCCCGAUGCCCCCACGCGCGCGUGCCAUCCCUGCCCGGCCAGCUGCGCCACCUGCCAGUCGGCGGGCGCGUGCGCCACCUGCCCCGGCCAGCACUACCUCGGCCCGGACAGCCUGUGCCAGCCGUGCGACGGGUCGUGUGCCGCGUGCGAGGGGAAGGCCUCCUGCGGGGCGUGCAAGCCCGGCCUGGUGUUCCUGUCGGCCGAUCCGCAGCAGGCGUCCCUCUGCGGCAGCACCUGCGCCCCGGGCGAGUAUGUCGGGGCCGGCCGGUGCGCCGCGUGCGAUGGGUCGUGUGAGCUGUGCGCCGGCGGGCCGGACCGGUGCCAGGUGUGCGCGCCAGGCUUCCGCUGGAGCGCGGCCCCGGGCCCCGGCGGCACCAGCACAUGCGUCGCCUGUGAGCCUGGGUGCGCCUCCUGCACGAGCACCGCAUGUCUGUCCUGCGAGGCGGGCCUCCUGCUCACAGCGGCCGGCGCAUGUGUCAGUGCCUGCCCGGCCGGGUCGUUCAGCAACGGCGAGUCGUGCCAGCCGUGUGACGUGUCUUGCGUCACCUGCGCCGACGGCCGGCCGGACCAGUGCACGGGCUGUGCCGCCGAGCUGGAGCUUGUCGAAGUGACCCCCGGUGUCGGCACCUUCCCGUGCCGGCCAUCGCCGCUGGGCCCGGCCCUCUUGGCACCGAGCCGCGCGCGGGAGAUCUGCCCCGCCGGCCGGCCCCGGCACGCAUGCCGCGCUUCUGCCUCCCCCGCCCUGGCCAGUGGCUGUGGGGACAUGGCGGCGGCGGCGGAGGCCGGCCGCGGGCUGGCCAUCCUCUUGGCAGGCCGGGGCCGUCGCGCGCGGCAUGGGCCUCGCCUGCUGGCCCCGCCGAUCUCUUUGGCCACGGCGCCCGGGGCAUGUCUGCGCGGCCGGCCGGUCCCGGCGAGCUCGAUCCAGCGGGGCCAGGGAGUUCAAGCCACCGGCGCUGGCGAGUUCAAGCCACCGGUCCCGGCAAGCUCGAUGCACCGGGCCCAGGGAGUUCAAGCCACCGGCGCUGGCGAGCUCAAGUCACCAACCAUGGCAAGCUCGAUCCACCGGCCGGGCCCGAGCCGAUGCCGCUCGAUCGCCACGCCGCGUGCCGGCCAUCACCUCCCCCUGGCUCCGGGUCCAGCGCCUGGCCCUUGCUCCGGUGGAUGGGCCCGCUCCGCCGGCUCCGCCCGCUCUGCCCGCUCUGCCUACUUUGCCCGCUCUGCCUACUUUGCCCACUCCGCCCGCUCUGCCUACUUUGCCCGCUCUGCCUAG